CUACAUAUAACAAGAUGCAUGGCCAAUGCCCCAAUCUACACUUGACCGCACUCCUCUACUCGCUACACCUCUGCGUGCAUCAAUGGAGUUCCUGUCGCAGAUGUGGUCGCUGCUGGGCCUCCUCACCAUCCUGCAGAACGUCCUCCCCACGCAGCUCCUCUCCCUGCUCCACUCGCUGUGGCAGUCGCUCCAGGACUCGCUCACGCCCUACUCCUACUUCGACGUCCCCGAGUUCCUCGGCUCCGCCGCCGUCGAGCCCAACGCGCUCUACCGCCACGUCCAGCUCUACCUCCACCGCUCCCUCCUCCUCUCCUCCCCUCCGCCGCCCCGCCUCACGCUCUCGCUCCCGCGCUCCGCCGCCUCCGCCGCGCCCGCGCCGCCGCCGUCCGUGUCGCUCUCCCCAAACCACUCCGUCGCGGACACCUUCAACGGCCACCGCGCCGUGUGGACGCACCACGCCGACACGCUCCAGGACUCGCUCGAGGAGCGCCGGUCCUUCUCGCUGCGCCUCCCCAAGCGGCACGCCGCCGCGGUGCUCCCGGCGUACCUCGCCCACCUCGCCGCCGCGGCGGACCACCUGGAGCGCUCGUCGCGGGCGCGGCGGCUGCACACCAACGCGGCGUCCCCGCGCGGCGCCGCGGCGUGGGCGUCGGUGCCCUUCUGCCACCCGGCCACCUUCGACACGCUCGCGCUCGACCCGGCCCUCAAGGCGCGCCUCCUGGCCGACCUCACGGCGUUCGCAGAGGGGAGGGACUUCUACCGCCGGACGGGGAGGCCGUGGAAGCGCGGGUACCUCCUGCACGGCCCGCCGGGCUCUGGCAAGUCCUCGCUCAUCGCCGCCAUGGCCAACCACCUCCGGUACGACGUGUUCGACCUGGAGCUCACCCGCGUCGCCACCAACGCCGACCUACGCGCGCUCCUCAUCCAGACCACCAACCGCUCCCUCAUCGUCAUCGAGGACAUCGACUGCUCCCUACACCUCACCGGCGACCGCGGCCUGGCCUCCGAGAGGCUACACAAAAGGCGCAAGCUCCACGCCGCCGCCUACGACGACGACGACGAUUCAUCCGACUCGGACGGCGGCGGCGCCGACAACCACCGGGGGAAGGUGACGCUGUCCGGGCUCCUCAACUUCACCGACGGCCUGUGGUCGUGCUGCGGCGAGGAGCGCAUCAUCGUGUUCACGACGAACCACGUGGACGGCAUCGACCCCGCCCUGCUUCGCCCGGGCAGGAUGGACGUCCACGUGCGCCUCGACGCGUGCGGCGCGCACGCCAUGCGCGAGCUGGUGCAGCGCUACGUCGGCGUCGGCGACCAUGAGAUGCUCGACGCGGCGGAGGACUCCAUCAGGGACGGCGCGGAGAUGACGCCGGCCGAGGUCGGGGAGGUGCUUCUGAGGAACAGGGACGAGCCGGAGACGGCGGUGACGGAGCUCGCGGCCGAGCUGAAGGCCAGGAGAAACGCGGCUGACGAUCUCCAGUGGGAGGACUCGGCGGCGGAGCUCUCCGACGGGUCGCCGACGAAGAAAGGGAGGAAGGGGAUGGGGUGGGAGGGCAAGGUCAGGAUGCUGGGAAGGCUGAGGAGCCUCACCAAGUCGGAGUCCGGCCGGCGAUUUGUUAACUCAUGUUACGUCUUUUCUGAAUCCGAACACUACUCGGCCCGAGGCGCAUCUGCCUCUACUUACGUGACGUGGACAGCGUACUCCGCUCGUGCCCCGGCUGCAAACACCACCUCGAUCGCCAUGGUUGCCAAGCGAUCAGUUGCACCCGUCGUCCGGUGCACGACAGACGACGAGGUCGCCUCGCCGGGAACGAUCGUGGACGCCGCACGGCUCGCUGCCAUCUGCGCGAAGAUCGAGGAGUACGCCGCGGGGGGGUCACCCAUGAGCGCCCGCCGAGUCGCGGCCAUCUGCGCCAUGAUCGACGACCGCGCCGCGGCGGCGAAAACCCGCAGGAACAAGAGGAGGAGGCUGUGCGUGGACAGCACCCGCAGCUACAGGCAGAUCGGGGAGAUUGGCAGCGGCAGCUCCGGCGGCGUCGUCGAGGUGCGCCACCGCAAGACCGGCCAGGCCGUCGCCAUCAAGACGUUCCGGAGGCGGGACGGCAAGGGAGGCCCCGAUAUCGUCGGCGAGCUGCUGCGGGAGGCCUGCUUCCUGGCGGCGUGCGGCGGCCACCCCCACCUCGUCGGCCUCUACGCCGUCGCGCGCGACCCGCGCACCAAGAAGUACUCCCUCGUCAUGGAGUACGGCGGGCCGAGCCUGCGUCGCGCCCUGAGGGAGCGCCUGGGCGCCCACGGCGCCCCGUUCCCGGAGGCCGAGGUGCGCCGGGUCAUGAGGCAGCUCCUGUCCGGCGCCGCGGCGAUGCACGCGCACCGCAUCGUCCACCGCGACAUCAAGCCGGGGAACGUCCUCGUCGGCGAGGACGGCGGCGGCGGCGCCGUGAAGAUCUGCGACUACGGGCUGGCCAUGUGCACCGCCGGGGCGGCCGGCCCGCCGCACGCGCGGGCGGGCACGGCCUGGUACAUGGCGCCCGAGAUGCUGAUGCGCAGGACGGACUACGACGAGCGCGUCGACCUGUGGUCGCUCGGGUGCGUCAUGGCGGAGCUGCUCUCCGGUGAGGUGCUCUUCAAGGUGGGCACCGGCACGCGCCAGCUCGACAGGAUGUUCGACGUGCUCGGCACGCCGGGCUGGCAGACGCUGCAGACGUUCGCGCGGCUGCCACGGUGGCCCAGUAACCGCGGCCGGCUCCGCGAGCUGUUUCCCGGCGAGACGCUGUCGCGGGAUGGGUUCGACGUCCUGAUGGGGCUCCUCACGUUUAACCCCCAGGAGCGGCUCACGGCCGCCGCUGCGCUCCGACUCCCGUGGUUCACCGGCGCCGUCGAUGCCCCUGCUUCAGGGGUAGGCGCCACGUUGUCGUCUUUGGUUCGGGUGCCGACUAGUGUUUUGGCAUUCCUGAGGAUGUCAUUGGAAUUAAUCAGGUUGCCCAGACAUUGCUCAGGCCUUAAGGCGUCGUGA